GAUUAGGUGAUAUAUAUUUCAUGAAGUUAGGGUCUUCCUGAACUGUUGUCUGGUUAGGGCACUUGGCGCGGCAUGCAAACAAAACUGGGAAUCUCUAAGCACCGAUCGAUUUCUCACCUUCCAAUCCCAAUUUCCUCGUUUUCCUUCAAUUCCCAUUAAGCUGAGAGAAUAUUUUUUGUGCUACUCUGAUGGGUGCUCCCAAGCAAAAAUGGACUGCUGAAGAGGAAGCAGCACUUAAAGCUGGGGUGGUCAAGCAUGGAGUUGGUAAAUGGCGUACGAUACUCAAGGAUCCGGAGUAUAACAGUGUCUUAUAUCUGCGGUCGAAUGUGGAUCUCAAGGAUAAAUGGAGGAAUCUGAGUGUGAUGGCAAAUGGAUGGACCUCCAGGGAAAAGUCUAGGUUGUCAGUCAGAAGGGUGCAUCAGAACGCAAAACAGGACGACAACUCUAUGGCUGUCACUGUUGUUCCAAGUGAUGAAGAAAUUGUUGAUGUUAAGCCUCUUCAAGUUUCAAGAGAUAUGGUUCAGGUUCCUGGUCCAAAAAAGUCUAUUGUAAGGUUGGAUAACCUUAUACUGGAAGCAAUAACUAGUUUGAAAGAGCCUGGUGGUUCUAACAAGACAAAUAUUGCUGCUUACAUAGAGGACCAAUACUGGGCGCCGUCAGACUUCAAAAUGUUGUUGUCCGCAAAAUUGAAGUUUUUGACAGCUAGUGGAAAACUGAUCAAGGUAAAGCGCCGGUAUAGGAUUGCACCUACUACUCCAGCAUAUCCAGAGAGAAGAAGAAACUCAUCCAUGUCAUUAUUAACUGGGAGGCAGAAAGCCUCUGUGAACCUUGAGAAGGAUGAGGCCAACAUCCAGACAAAGUCUCAGAUAGAUGUAGAAAUAGCAAGGUUAAGGUCCAUGACUCCACAAGAAGCAGCUGCAGUUGCUGCUCGAGCAGUCGAGGAAGCAGAAGCCGCCAUAGCAGAAGCUGAAGAGGCAGCCCGAGAGGCAGAGGCUGCAGAAGCUGAGGCGGAGGCUGCAGAAGCUUUUGCACAAGCUGCAAUGAAGACCAUGAAAGAGAGAAACACCCCAAAGAAGAUUAUACCUUCUUGAUGAUAGUCGGAUGAAUUGGACAAGAUGAACCAUGGCACUGACUGGGACAGACAGCCAGAUACAUAUUUAUAUCUUGCUGGCAUAUAUUGCAGACACUUUUGUAGUGACUCUGCAGGUUUCGCUUUUUGUUAGAAGAUUAUCCUUGAAGUAUCCUUCUUGUAGAUAGAUAGAAACAUUGUUUGAAUCUUUGUUGUAGUUGUUCCAAUAUUUAUUCUAUUGCAAUUAGUGCCAGGUCACCGACCUUACAAAAGAAAAUUCAUAUGAAAGCCUGAUUUCAGAUGCACCCCUGGUUGUGGUGUUAAGGAUUAUAGGUUCAAUAUAAAUUUUCCUUGUUCCAAUAUUUAUUCUAUUGCAAUUAGUGCCAGGUCACCGACCUUACAAAAGAAAAUUCAUAUGAAAGCCUGAUUUCAGAUGCACCCCUGGUUGUGGUGUUAAGGAUUAUAGGUUCAAUAUAAAUUUUCCUUGUUCAUGUAAAUGAAUGGAUUAUGUACUGGCCAUAUUUGCGAACAAAGGUCAUUUUUUGUAUGA